UGCUGAGAUGACAACUGCAGUGAUGGCUACGUGUGAUCAUGGCGUGGUAGCAAAAAUCAAGAGGGUUGUGAUGGAUAGGGAUACAUACCCAAGAAAAUGGGGGUUGGGGCCAAGGGCUGCUAUGAAGAAGAAAUUGAUUUCCCAGGGAAUGUUGGAUAAGCAUGGGAAGCCAAACGAGAAAACACCUCCAGAGUGGCUUAGAAAUAUGGUUUUGCCAACUGGUGGAGACUCCAUGAUUGCUGGCCUUGCAGCUGCUGCGGACUCUGUCAAAGAAAAGAAGGAAACUGUGGAGGAGAAGGACACUGCUGCUGUUGAGAAUGAAAAGAAGAAGAAAAAGAGCAAGUAUGAUGAUGGUGGAGAGGGGCGCAAGCGCAAAUUGGAGGACAGCAAUGAAAGCCCUGCUCCAGUUGCUGCCAAGAAAGCUAGAGUGCAAGAAGAUGAGAAUGAGAAGAAAGGGAAGAAAGAGAAGAAGGAAAAAGAAGGUGAAGUGGAUGAAUUAGGAUCUGAGAAGAAAGAGAAGAAGAAAAAGAAAAAGAAAAAUAAUGAGGAUAGUGAUGUGAAAAUUGAAGAAGAGACAGAAAGUGGGAAUAAAAAAGAGCACAAGGUUAAGGUUGAUCCCGGUUCACCUGAUACAGAGAAAUCUGAGAAGAAAAAAAAGAAGAAAAGCAAGGAGACUGAGGAGUCUAGGGACGUGGUCAAUGGUGAAAAUGUUGCUGAGGCUGAUAAAAGUGAAAAGAAGAAGAAGAAGGACAAAAAGAAGAAGAAAGAUGCUGAAGGAGAGGAUUAGAUAAAAGUUAUGCUCUCAUUUUCCAGCGAGAUGACUCAUGCUUGUUUUCUGGUCUAGAUCUUAUGGCAUCUAGGAUGGCUGUUUAUUACUGAUUUCUUAUUUCAAUGUAGCUUCAGGGAGGCCAAAUGUCUGUGGAUUUCUGCAGGUUUGCUAUCAUUUAAAGCUAAAAGAUGCCACGCCUGAGGAAGUUUCAUUUUCCUCAGACAAACUUCAUGCAUGUUGGAUAAUGGAAAUCUUAUGGUAUCUAGAAUUGCAAUUUAGUUAGUUCGUUUUCCAGUGUAAGUUUCUGCAAAAGCGAAUGUCAACAAUGAGCUCUGCUAAUCUUAUAUCUUUUCAGUUGUAUCAAGUAGUGAAACAAUUUUCCAUGGUUAUUUAUGUUAUUUAACAGGUUAUUUUUUCCUCAACCAUGAUAAUUAAUAGUUACUACUACUUAAUGGCUUCGGAUC